AGUGUAGCCCCAGCAGUGCCACCUGUCGGUGUCCAUCAAUGCCACCUGCCAGUGCCCAUCAGUGCCUCCUAUCAGUGCCAGUCAGUGCCACCUAUCAAUGCCAGUCAGUGCCACCUAUCAGAGCUGCCAAUAAGUGCCACCUAUCAGUGCCAGUCAGUGCCACGUAACAGUGCCAGUCAGUGCCGCCUAUUAGUGCCUGUCAGUGCCGCCUAUCAGUGCCAUAUAUGAGUGCUGCCUUUCAGGGCCCAUCAGUGAUGCCUGUCAAUGCCCAUCAGUGCCACCUACCAGUGCCACCUAUCAGUGCCCAUCAGUGCAGCCUAUCAGUGCCCAUCACUGCAGUCUCAUUAGCGCAUAUCAGUGAAGGAGAAAAAUCACUUAUUUACAAAAUUUUAUAACAAAAACUAA